UUACUUUUGUGGAAUGGAAAGGCUCCAUGGAUGUUAAAGGGUCUUCAUGGAAGCAGGAAUAACUAUAAAGACCCUUUGUAGAGUUAAGAUUAAAUUAAGAGGUUUUGGUUAAAGCCAGCUUCCCUUGCGUGAUUAAAAUGUUUUUGUGUUUUCAUUUAAUUUAUGUAAACUAAGGGCGCAGGGGUAUUUCUAGGAUAUGACAGCAUCUGGAACAUAGACCAAAACAUCAUGGGCGAUAUUCUCUCCUAAGUAUUUUUAUUUUACAUUUUAAUACAGAAACAUAACUCUCCACAAGUAUGCAGAAACAGAUGUCAGUGCUUGGCCAAGAGUGUGUUGUACAUAGCAAGAAACCUCAAGAGGGCGAUAAAGUAACGGCCCCGAAUGCUUGUGCCAUAAAACAGGAGUUGUAGGGGCAUAAAACAAAAUUGGGAUUGGGCCUAAAUCUAGUUUAAAUCUUGCAAUACGUCCCACUAGUUCCAGACCAAAACAUUCAGGAUUGAAAACACUGAUCCCUAAAACGCAUCCCCUACUGACUCCCAUGAAUGCAACUUUUUAACUAUUUUAACUAGUAACUUUUUUUUUUCAUUUAAUUAUUUUUUUCCUCUCAAAAAGAAAUGUGUAUAUAAUCCGUUGUUUUUGCUUAUGUAUUUCUGACAUGCAUAUAUAUACAAAAUAUUUCGUUUUACAAUGGUUAUUUUAUUAAUUUGAUUAUUUUGUUUCAAAAUGCAUCACAGCCAUUUCAGUUUGGGUUCCCCAGAUUCAUUUUACAGUAAAGCCUGCCUUAUCCAAAAAUAUGAAUGUUUGUUCAUCAUUUUCCAUAAAAACUAUGCUUCAAGAGUAAUGGAACAGUUAUGUAGCAUUUUGAGCAGUUGUAUCAAUUGAUAGAUAGAUCAUUGUAAUGAAAUUAAUAGACACUCAACUCAGAUGUAAUGCGUGAGUUGCAUUUUGAAAGAGUACUUUGAUGUUAAGUUGUGUCAUUUUGAACUGGUGAUCUUAGUAUAACGAACAAAAGAUCUUUGGUUCAUGCGUAUUGUAUCCAAGCAUUUGGAAAAAGUGUUAUUCAUGCUAACCUGUUUCUGUCUCCAGCUUAGAAACAUUUCCUCACAUUACAUGCACUGGACAAAAAGAGAUUUGCAAUCCCUGAUUGGCCACAUGGAAUCAGCAGAUAGAAUUACAUAAGACCCUGAGCAUUAAAAGAUAAAGGAAGAUUAACAGUGCAGCACCAAUUAGUGUUGAGUGAGUGUGGAGUUACAUAAUUUCAUCCUGUAAAAGUGGCCAGGGCCUCUAAAUUCACACUAAUGCUCUGAUAUUUAGGCAAAUGCUAGAUGUUCUGCCUUUGAAUAACACACAGUUUUUGCCAAAGAGUAAAUAAAUUAUCUUAUUUCAGAAAAAUAGUAAUGCAUUGACUAUUAUACAAUCAAAUCCACAUACAGUUACUGCACCAAAUUGUCAAGGUAAGAAAUCUAUGUUACGGUUUCAUGUAAUGAGGCCAGCCAAGUGCAUCUUAAGUGUUCAUUAAAUGGACAACUGUUUACCUGUGUGAUAAUGUCAUUAGCCUGACCCAGACUUUACCUUUGAAAGCUUGACCUUAUUUUCCUCAUGCUGUGACGACAGGGCUGCGAGGACCAUAAGAGAAUAUAUCAACUGUUUUUAAUGUUUUAUUGCUUAAAAUGUUUUCAGCAAAACUAAAGUGGUCAAAAACAAUUGAGACUAAAUAAACUAGUUAUUUGUGGAACAAAGGCUAAACUUUACAAUCAAUAUACAGUACUUAAGCAUUUUGUCUAAUGAUGGAAUUUCCUUACAAACGAACAUCUUGUUUUUACCCAAAAAUAAAAAUUCGGUCAUCAUCUGUCAUCACCCUCAUGUCAUUACAAACCUGUAUGAAACACACAAUUUAAACUGUUUUUGUCCAUACAAUUAAAGUCAAUGGGGUCCAAAACAAUACUGGAACCUAUUGACUUUCAUUGUGUGGACACAAAGACAUUUUUAAAAUAUGUUCCAUAGAUGUAUUCCAUAGAUGAUUCCAUAUGUAUGUGAGAUUUGUGUGUGAACCUACCCAUUAAAGUCAUGAUGAAGCUGCGUAUUUACAGAGAUUUGAUAUCCUCUCCGACAGUUAUUGAUUUUUAUCUGUGAUUGCAUUGCUGAUGCACUUCAGAUAAUGCGAUUAAAGGUUUAUUCAGAGCAAAAGCCUCUUAUGUGGUUGCAGUUGUCAAAAACCUAGUAGAGAAAACAGAGUCCCAUUUAACAACGGACCUCUUCACCAAAUGAAUGGACAAAAGAUGGCAGGGACUGUAAGAGUUUUUGCCCUGAUCAUAGUCGCUUGUCAGGUCCUGCUCAUCGAUGCAUCAUUUCAGCCUGCACUUGUCUUGGACAUGGCUAAAAUUCUGCUCGAAAACUACUGCUUCCCAGAGAAUCUAGUUGGAAUGCAGGAGGCAAUCCAACAAGCCAUAAGCAGCGGAGAGAUCCUACACAUCUCUGAUCGGAAAACACUGGCAGCUGUACUGACUGCCGGCGUUCAAGGUGCACUCAAUGACCCCAGACUGACCGUGUCUUACGAGCCUAAUUAUAUUCCGAUCACGCCACCUGCACUUCAGUCGCUGUCCAUGGAACAGCUGAUGCGGCUAAUCAGGAAUACUGUUAAACUGGAGCUGAUGGAUAACAACGUCGGUUACCUGAGGAUUGACCGUAUUAUAGGUCAGGAGACUGCGGCCAAAUUGGGACACCUCCUUCAUGACAGCAUCUGGACGAAGGUUGCCCAUACAUCAGCGAUGAUCUUUGAUCUGCGUUUUAGCACAGCAGGAGAGAUCUCAGGUGUGCCAUACAUAGUUUCAUAUUUUUCAGACUCUGAAUCACUUUUGCACAUAGACACAAUCUAUGAACGACCCACCAACACUACACAGGAGCUAUGGACGAUGCCGAAUCUCCUGGGUGAACGAUACGGGAAGAGAAAAGAGCUGAUCGUUUUAAUCAGCAAGCGCACCACAGGCGCGGCAGAAGCUGUUGCAUACAUCUUAAAACACCUAAAAAGAGCCAUCAUUGUUGGAGAAAGGUCGGCCGGUGGGUCGGUUAAGGUUGAAAAGUUAAGGGUUGGGGAUUCAGGGUUUUAUAUUACGGUCCCUGUUGCUAGAUCUUUGAACCCCAUCACAGGACAGAGUUGGGAAGUGACCGGGGUGUCGCCAUCCGUUACCGUCAACCCAAAGGAAGGAAUCGCCAAAGCCAAAUCCCUCAUCGCUGUCAGGAAAUCAAUACUGAAAGCAGUUAAAAGAGUGUCAGAUAUUAUUAAACGAUUUUAUGCAUUUAAAGAUAAAAUCCCAGCUUUGCUAAAUCAUCUUGCUAAAACUAAUUUUUUCACAGUGAUUUCUGAAGAGGAUCUGGCAGCAAGACUUAAUUAUGAGCUGCAGUCCGUCUUUGAAGACCCUCGUUUAAAUAUCAAGACUUUGCAAGGAUCGUCUGACAAAGGGCAAGAACUGGACGCAACACCCACAACCCCUUCAUCUUUUGAUCAUCUAAAUGAUCCAUUAUUCAAGUUGGAAAUUCUAUCAGGAAACAUUGGAUAUCUGCGUUUUGACAGGUUCCCUACACCUGCAGUUUUGAUAGAACUAGAGGAUCGAAUCAAAGAGAAGGUCUGGCAACCAGUCAGAGACACGGAAAACCUGAUUAUCGAUCUACGCUUUAACACCGGUGGAUACACUGAGGCUUUGCCCAUUCUGCUGUCCUACAUGUUCGACGCCUCAUCAAAUACCCACCUCUUUUCAAUCUACGACAGCAUCCGGAACGUGACCGUUGAUUUUCACACCCUCCGUAACAUCACUGGACCUUCCUAUGGAUCCAGAAAGGGUAUUUAUGUUUUGACUAGCUAUUACACAGCGGAAGCUGGAGAAGAGUUUGCUUACCUGAUGCAGUCCUUGCACCGAGGCACUGUUGUCGGGGAAAUCACUUCUGGAAUGCUCCUUCACUCCAGGACUUUUCCAGUUGAAGAAACAAGCCUUGGCAUUACCGUCCCUGUCAUGAAUUUCAUCGAUAUACACGGGGAAUGCUGGCUUGGAGGCGGAGUAGUUCCUGAUGCCAUCGUGCUUGCUGAAGAUGCAGUCGAGCGAGCUCAUGAAAUCAUUGCGUUUCACAAGGAUAUUCCGGCUUUGGUGCAAGAAGCUGGAGAUCUCUUGGAAAAACAUUACACUGUACCUGAGGUUGCAGCUAAAGUGAGAAGACAGGUACAGUCCAAACUAAUAGAAGGACUUUAUCGCUCAGUCGUCGACUAUGAAUCUCUUGCAUCUCAACUCACCGCAGAUCUCCAGGAGACCUCGGGUGAUCACAGACUGCACAUUUUUAACUGUGAAAUUGAACCAGAAUCCCUUCACAAUGUUCCCAAAAUCCCUUCUCCUGAAGAGGUAGGGUUCAUCAUUGAUGCCCUAUUCAAAGUAGAGGUAUUGGCUGGAAAUAUUGGCUAUUUGAGAUGUGACAUGAUGGAAGACAUACAAGUUCUGCGAGCAAUUGGUCCCGAGCUUGUCAAAGUUGUAUGGAACAAGCUGGUGAACACGGACAUGCUCAUAAUUGAUCUGAGAUAUAACACAGGUGGCUAUUCCACGGCUAUUCCACUACUUUGCACCUAUUUCUUUGAUGCACAACCCUUGAAACACCUUUACACUAUUUUUGAUCACUCUGAAAGAAAUGCGACAAAGGUUAUGACCCUUCCCCAAGUGCUAGGACAAAGGUACGGCUCUCAGAAAGACAUCUAUAUCCUGACGAGUCACAUAACUGGAUCAGCCGCUGAAGCGUUCACUAGAACAAUGAAAGACCUGAAAAGGGCCACUAUUAUUGGAGAGCCUACUAUCGGAGGUGCCCUCUCAAGUGGAACAUACCAAAUUGGGAAUAGCAUCCUGUAUGCUUCCAUUCCCAACCGAGCAGUUUUGAGUGCAGUUUCUGGAAAAGCAUGGAGUGUGUCUGGUGUUGAACCACAUACAGCAGCUCAAGCAAGUGACGCACUUAACGUUGCCCAGAAAAUAAUUAGCGCAAAGCACCAAAAGAAAAAAUCAGGGAAAUAGUACUAUAGGCCUCAUUAUGCAUCUCUUUUCACAGUAUAACUUCAUUAACAAAAUUAUUUAAACAAAAUAAUAGAAAUAAAAUAAAUAACAGGAAUUAAUGUUUUAAAAGUUAGGUCUGGCAUAUUGUUUAGCAAUAAUUAUUUUAUAAAAUGAAAAAUGUGCUUUUGAUGCCAUGUUUGUUUGCACACUUAAACUAAUGUAACAAAUAGACAUGCUAAUGGGAUAAAACUAAAUUGAAGACAUCAGUAAAUGUUUCUUUUUCUGCUGUAGCCACUGAAAUUAGAACAAAGGGUUAUUUGAUAGACAUACAUGUUUUUUCCUCACUACAGCAUAUUUAAGAAAAACUAUUAAAAAGGAAAUAUAAAUAAAUACCAGUCAUUUAUCAAGGUGCAACAAAAAUACCUUAAUAUAAGUGCUGAACAUUUACAUUUUUGUAACAUACACAACAACCAGUCAAAAGUUUUUGAACAGCAUGAUUAUUUAAGUUU